AUGGGUAGCCAAUCCGGUCCAGUCUUCCCGCAGGAGAUCUGGUGGCUCGUUUCUCUAGAGGUUGCGGCACGACGCGAUUUUGGCUCACUCUUCCUCCUCGCCCGCUUGAGUAAAGGCAUGGCCCGACUCGCGCUGCCCGAGCUGUACGCCAUACACGACAUGUCGCCCGCUAUCAACGCGCACAUCCUCAAUGUCGAGACUUCUAUAUGCCUCUGGCGCUCCAUCAUCAUAUCGAGUCUCGGCACGACGAUGUUUCCCUACUGUUGUUGGAUCAAGGCACUCCUGCUCGGCGGCCUUCACUCACAGCUUGAGGACCUCUCGCGCGAUAACCCCGCGCUGAAAGCGUCUUUCUUCCGUCCACCGCUUGAGAAGCUUGAGGUGUAUACUAUAAGCGAAAAAUUUCUUGACGCUGACAAGAUUGUUGUCGAGGUUGCUCACAUGGUCACCAGUUAUAUCCGAGCCUCGGCGGCCCGGGAGAACAAGGAGACGGCGCUGGCCGUGCUCGAGGGGCAGAAUCUGCCCCAGACACUCUUGCCCGGGUGGGUAUCCGGUCUUUCGAACUUGACUACACUGUCUGUUCGCGAUGGGGCAACCCUCAAUGCCGAUAUUUCUCGUGCUAUCAGAAAGCACUGCCCUGCUUUCAAGCACGUGCAAUGCUUCUUCUUUUCUUCCGGUAUUCAUGUUGAUGCGACCACUGCUGGGUUCUUUUCGAAUCUGAAACCGCAAUCUCUCGAAUCAUUCGCAGUUCUGAGCUUGAACCACAUCGGAUUCAGGACCUUCCAGGCGCUCAACGGCCACUCUGACACCCUAAAGGUACUGGCGCUGUACAGUCUGGAACGCGCUGCCUUCGAGCGGCUGUAUGAGCUCCAAGACUGUCGCAAGCUGGAGAUUUUCCGGCUUGAAGGCGCAAUGAAUACUAAGCAAUAUCGUUGGGCCGAAGCUGGAAACCCAGUCUUCCAAGACGUCGUGCGGUGGCUGCAGAAAUGCACCGCGUUGUGGUAUAUUGAGCUGAUGGCUGUUCCGUCAGGGCACACUCUGUGUGCGCAGAUUCUCGAAGGUGCUAAUAUCCGGCCCAUGACACUUGUCCUUAAGUGCUUCGAUGUCGGUCCAGACUUGAGUGCGUCCCUGACUGGCCAGACAAACCUUCGGCGUCUCACCAUCGAGAUCCGGGACGAAGAUGUUCUCGAAGCUGACGAUGGGCGACGUACUUUGAUGGCCAAUGCCAUUUCAACUUGCCGUAAACUCCGAGAGCUGGACACCAACGAGCUUUUCACUCUCGAGGAAGUGGACCAGAUCUGUGGCUCGCUGCCGCACUUGGAGGAGAUUGUCCUGAACGGAGAGUGCAUUAACGACGCCUACCUAGGGUCGCUGUCGAAACUCAGGCGGCUCAGAUCGCUCAACAUCUUUGCCCCUACCCUCCGCAUGACGAAGGAGGACAAAGCCGCGGUAACAUCGAUAUUGUGGAGCCGGUUCAAGGGCCAGUUCAAAAUAUCCUACCGCCCGGAAACGCACCCUAUCCAUUUCGGGUCGGACGGUUUGGAUGUUUCGGAUUGA